AUGAAGAGGGAGAAUGCGGGUACUGGAAUUCUGGGCUGGAAAAGGAGCAAGUUUGAGAUACCUAUUCUGCACAACUCCAAAAGCCAUGAAAAUCAGCGAGGAAUUAUUUUGGAAUAUAUAAAAAAUACUGGGCGGAAGAAAUACUGGAGGGGAGCCACCAGGAGGUCACGAGCCUGCUAGGCGCGCCCCACCCCUGGGCGCGCCUGGGGCUCGUGGGCCCCUUGUUACCCCUCCGGAUCCCAUCUUCUACUAUAUGGAGGAUUUCGUCUCAGAAAAAAUCAAGAGAGAGCUUUCGGGAAGAAACGCCGCCGCCACGAGGCGAAACUUGAGCAGAACCAAUCUAGAGCUCCGACAGGGCCGUCCUACCGGGGAAACAUCCCUCCCGGAGGGGGAAAUCAUCGCCAUCGUCAUCACCAACACUCCUCUCAUCGGAGGGGACUCAUCUCCAUCAACAUCUUCAUCAGCACCAUCUCAUCUCCAAACCCUUGUACAUCUCUUGUACCCAAUCUCCAUCUCGCGACUCCGAUUGGUACUUGUAAGGUUGCCAGUAGUGUUAAUUACUCCUUGUAG